AUGGCUCCUCGAUACGCUCUGUCGGACUCCGAAGCCGAGUCCGAACCCGAACAGCCGACAGCUCCCUCCGAUGAUGCGUUGGAGAAAGCUCUACGCGACACGGUCGCUGAAAUAUAUAAAACAGGGAACAUGGAAGAACUGACGGUAAAACGGGUGCGGCUAGCAGCGGAAAAGUCCCUCGAACUGGAGCCGGGGUUCUUCAAGGCCGACGACGCGUGGAAAGCAAAGAGUGAGCAGAUUAUUAGGGAAGCUGUCGAAUCGCAAGAUAAUGCGUCCGAACAGUCCGACGGUGACGAGGAAGAGAAAAAAGCCCCUUCGCCCCCUCCAGCCAAAUCCAAACCCGCCAAGCGCACCAAACCAGAUGUUUCGGCUCCGCGAAAACGACGGAAAGCGAGCAUUCCAGACCCCGAGGAAGAUAAUGAAGAUGGAAACGAGGAUGAAGAAGAAGAAGAACAAGGUAGCGAUGCGCCGGGUGACGAAAGCGAAGAGAAGGCCAAGAAGCCCACCAAGGGGUCCAAGGCAAAGCAGGGGAAGAAGUCCCAAUCCAAGCCCAAAGGAAAGACAGUCGAAGAGUCUGAUGACGAGAAGGAGGAAGAUACCAAACCAUCGGAGGAACAGAAGGUGGAACCAAAGGACGAAUCAGAAAGUGAAAUGUCGGUAGUCCUAGACGAGGAGCCUCAGCCCACCCGCAAACGACAGAAGAGCUCCGAGACAGCCGCACCUAAGGGCAAGAAAAAGACCGCCCCCAAGCCGAAGGACGCGGACACCGACCCGAAUGAAGCAGAGAUCAAGCGGUUGCAAGGCUGGCUGGUCAAAUGUGGUAUCCGCAAGAUGUGGUGGCGAGAGUUGGCCCCUUACGACACUCCCAAGGCCAAGAUCAAACAUCUCAAAGAGAUGCUGAAAGAUGCGGGAAUGGAAGGCAGGUAUAGCGCGGAAAAGGCGAACAGAAUCCGGGAGGAGCGGGAACUCCGAGCGGAUCUUGAACAGGUCCAAGAAGGCGCCAAACGAUGGGGGACAGGGAGUGGAGACGAUGGUAGCGACAACGCACAGCCUCGACGAAGGUUGAAUCGUGGACGCCAAACUCUGGCAUUUCUAGACAGCGACGGUGAGGAAACAGAUUGA